AAUGCAGGACUUCAGUGUAAAAUGUUCUUGUGUCAUUCCCUCUCUCCAUCCCCGUGGUUAAUGUACUGUUAAUGCAAGCUGCUGGUCGCUUUGAGUGGAGCGGCUGCUGGAUGCUGAGCUGGGAGCCCAGACUCCGGGGGGCACGGGCGAGGAGUCUCUGGGGCCUCGGCGAGUCAGCAGCGAACCCUGCAUUUCAGUGUUAAAGGAGCACAGACGACAGCAAUCCUUACAGACUCAAAACCUCAGUGAAGAUCUGCCAUUGUCUCAACACCAAGAUUUCUUGAUUGGCCUUUGUCUACCUUACCAUCACACAUAGAUCAACAUUUAUAUGUGAUCUUCAGUCACUCUGCAGCAUUGUCUUCAACACCUGUGUAAUUCAGACAUGGCCACAGAGGUCUUCAAUUCGAAAAGCCUAGCUGUCCAGGCCCAGAAGAAAAUACUCGGUAAGAUGGCAUCAAAAUCAAUAGCAGCUGCAUUGAUAGAUGAUACAAGCAGUGAUGUUUUGGAUGAACUAUACAAGGCAACCAAGGAAUAUACACAGAACAAAAAAGAGGCAGAAAAGAUUGUCAAAAAUCUGAUCAAGGUCGUUAUAAAGCUCGGGGUCCUGUACAGGAAUAACCAAUUCAAUCAAGAUGAGAUGAUGAUCGUGGAGAAGUUCAAAAAGAAGGUUCAUCAGUUAGCAAUGACCGUUGUCAGUUUUCAUCAGGUUGACUUUACUUUCGAUCGGAAUGUUUUGGCCAAACUUUUGAAUGAGUGCAGAGACUUGCUUCAUCAAAUCAUCGAUCGGCAUCUAACUGCCAAGUCACAUGGACGCAUCAAUCAUGUCUUUAAUCACUUUUCGGAUUGUGAGUUCUUGGCUGUGCUGUACAAUCCAUUUGGAUCUUACAAGGCUUCUCUGCAGAAAAUAUGUAAUGGUGUGAACAAAAUGCUAGAUGAUAAAAAUAUAUAACCAGCAAUUUGUAACAUUUUCUGUCAAAUUCUUAUUAAAAAAUCUUGCUAAAAUAUGAAGGAA